GCAGGAAAGAGGGCGUGGCUUCGGCACCUCCUCCUCCUCCAUCCUCGGGCAAAGAGCGGAGGGAUGUUCCCUGCUCAGGAGGAGGCCGACAGAACGGUGUUUGUGGGGAAUUUAGAGGCCCGUGUGCGGGAAGAGAUCCUUUACGAGCUGUUCCUUCAGGCUGGGCCAUUAACCAAAGUGACUAUAUGCAAAGACAGAGAAGGAAAGCCGAAGUCUUUUGGAUUUGUCUGCUUUAAACACCCAGAAUCAGUGUCGUAUGCCAUAGCUUUGCUGAAUGGAAUUCGUUUAUAUGGAAGACCUAUUAAUGUGCAGUAUCGAUUUGGGAGUUCUCGCUCUUCUGAACCAGCUAACCAAAGUUUCGAGAGCUGUGUUAAGAUAAAUUCACACAGCUACAGAAAUGAAGAAGUCAUGGGCAGACCUUCUCUUCCCAUGCAGUUCUUUCCAACUAAUAAUGCAGCUUUACCUCAAGAAUAUUUUUUCUUUCAGAAAAUGAUGAGUGUCUUUUUCUCACAGCAGUGGCAUGCAUAUAAUCCAGCACUGCAGCUUCCUUACUGUGAGAUGACAGCACCACUUCCUAAUAGCACAUCCGUGUCUCCUUCACUAAAUCACAUUCCAAAUCUAGAAGCUGGACCCAGCUCCUAUGAAUGGACUCACCAACAACCACAUGACUCUGAUCUUUAUCAGAUGAAGAAACGAAAGAGGCAAAAACAAACCAGUGAUAGUGAUAGUAGCACCGAAAACAAUAAAGGAAGUGAAUACAGCCAAAAGUUCCAAAAGUGUAAAAAGAAGAAAAGAUAUUAGUAUUAUAUUCAAAUAAAAUUUAUCUGUACUUGUAUAAUGCUCUUUAAAGAAAAAAAAAAUCAAUUGUACUACAUAAGCAAUUUCAUGGCUUUCUUCUCUUUUUUGAAAUAUGUAAUAAUAUAACAUCUGAUUUGCUAUUGAAUUUUUGUCUUGAGUGACAAAAACAAUAAUAAAAUGUACUACUUGUAUUUGUAAUGGUUUUGUUGACACAUCGUCAGCAAGAAAUACACUUUGAGUUGUUAUAUUUCAGUACUGAUGAUGAAAUUGCACUAAACUCUCAGUCAAAAGUCACUGAGCAGUUAUGGAUAAGGCACUACGCUGUCCUAGAUUGUUGCCUAUAUGGAAUGGUGGGUUUUCUGAAUGAAACUAGUGCAAAUAUUUAAGAGUUGCAUGUGGUUCCCAACAAAGACAGAGCAAGCAAUUUUUUAUGUCUAAAUAUGUUAUUUCUGAGCCUUACAGGUUAAUUUCACAAAAUGAGGAUAUAUGACAGUGAUACCAAAGGAAAGAUGAUUAUCACAGGCUAGUUUUAGCAUCAUUUUCUCUUUAUACAAUUGUAUGUGAACAUGAAUAUCUGUCUCUUCUCAUUUAUUGUAUUUCACAAAAAUAGUUGGCUAUGUCAGAAUUUAUUAUCCACCUCUUUUGCAAAUGAGUUAGGAGGGUAUAUUUGACAUAUUUAAGUCUUGAAAAUGAACAAUAAAAUAUUUCAUGUAUGAUAUUUAAUAUCACAUCAAGUUUCCUAUUUUUGAUUCUUUUAUUUUUAGAAGAUAGACUACAUGUAAAUUUAUUGGUUUAUUUGGACAUUUUUGUUAGCUUUGCAGCUCAACAUAAACUAAAAUUUGUGAAUAUAUUUACUAAAGCUAAUUGGAACAAUCAUGCAUCUUCAAUUAAAGUAACCCAUUGAAUUUAA